AUGUGUCUCAUCACACCCGUCCCCCUCAGCCUCACUGGGACCUUGCCUUUUGGACAUCAAACUGCCACCUGCACCACUCAGGAUUCAGGGGUCCCAGGACCCCCAUACCCUGAGCCCUCCGGCAAUGUUGUCACCCUUCCCUUGGUGACAUCCAUUCUCCUGGGUCUACCCAAGGGGAAUCUUUCUCUGUGUGGCUUCCUGGGGCCCAGGCCAAGUGACAGCGAGAGUCUGGAUGCAGACUGCUGCCUCCCUGACCCACCUGCUGUUGACUGCCAGAUCCUGGGAGGCAGGGGUGGCUUCUCAUUAAAGUCUGAUCCCCCAUCCCAGCAGGAGCCUGGCACAGAGGUGGUGUCCAAGGUGGACACAGGCAGGGAAGACUCUGCCACAGGAAGAGGGAGUGGAGAAGCCUGGCAGAGGCUGGCCGCCGGGGAGAGGCAGACAGCUGAGGACGCCAUGGAGGCCCUGGGUGCGGUCCUGUCCUGCCCCGUGUGCAUGGAGCUGUUUACGCCCCCGGUGCUGCUCCUCUCCUGCUCCCACAACUUCUGCAAAAGGUGCCUGGAGCUGAUCCUGGUGAGCCAGAACUGUGCCCACGUCAACGGACAGAUCUGCUGCCCAGUGUGCAGAAAAGUCAUUUAUUUGAGGGGAAGGGGAACAGACGGCUUGCAGAGGAACAUCCUGGCUGAAAACAUACUGGAGAAGUUUAAGGAAGAACUUGAGACGCUUCGCACCAAGGAGCAAAAUCAACUUGCUCAGACAUGUGAAAAGCAUGGAGAAAGUGUGAAUCUGAUGUGCCUAAGUGAUGAAGAACCAAUAUGUGGAAUAUGCAAGCUCUUUGGGGACCACAAGUCUCACCCAGUAGCCAAGAUUUCUGAUGCCUAUGCAGAGAGGAAAGUGAACUUUGCUACGGAUAUUCAGCUGGUGCUGAAGAAAUCUGAGAGCACGGCACAGGCAGUGCAGGACAUGAAGAAGCUCAUCAGAGAACUCUCUACCAGCGCCGCUGACACACUCGCCAUGAUUGAUGCCAUUGGAGACAGCCUGCUCAGUGGCAUCAGACGUCGGAUUGCCACCUUGAAAAAGCAACUGGAGAGUGAGCACUGCUCCAAGCUGGAGAAGUUACAGCUGGUUGCCCGGGAACUUGAAGCCCCCCUAAAGCUUUACCAGCAGAUGAAGAUGCUCCUGCAGCAUCAUGCUAACGCAGUGCAAUUUCUCCGCGAGUAUAAAAGGCUCAAGGGGGAGAUGGAGAGACUCUUGGAGGGCAGCGUGUCCCCCCCAGUCCCCACCAAGGACACUAUUUCCAUCAGGCGCUAUUUUGAAGAGCUCAUUAGAGGAAUAGACAUCACUGCCUUUACCCCGCCUGAAACUGACCAAGUGCCGGCCAGCAUGGCUGGGCUCCAAGAGGCCUGGCAGGCAGGCUGUGCCAUGCAGGGCCGUCUGUCGCAACAAAUGCUUGAGGAUACUUUGUGCAAGGCAGUGUCGGGCUCAGUGCCAAAACCAAAUCAAGAGGCAGAGCUUCCUAGGAACCCAUCUCAUGCUUACUCUCCUUUCUCCACUAGCAUGUCCUCAGUACAAGGAAGUGAGAUUGGGUCUAGAGAAUCAACCGUGUAA